AUGGCCGCAGCCCUCACAACCAUCUCGCUGCCGUCGCUGCAGAAAAUCGCAUCCGGCAAAGUCCGCGAUCUCUUCAGCCUCCCCGACCCCAAUGCCCUGCUCUUCGUCGCAUCAGACCGUCUCUCCGCCUUUGACGUCGUCAUGACCAACGGCAUCCCCAACAAGGGAGCCAUCCUGACGCUCAUGUCGGCGUACUGGUUCCGCGUGCUGUCUGAGCGCAUCCCCAGCCUCCGCACACACUUCAUCAGCCUGGAUGUUCCCGCGGGCAUUCCCGCCGAGGAGGCCAGCGUCGUCAAGAACCGCAGCAUGCAGGUUCGCAAGCUGCAGGUGUUGAAAAUCGAGGCCAUCGUGAGGGGGUAUAUUACCGGGAGCGCGUGGAAGGAGUACCAGGCCAGGGGGACCGUUCACGGCCUCGCCAUGCCCCAGGGCAUGCGGCUUGCUCAGAAAUUCCCCAGCGCCAUUUACACGCCUAGCACCAAGGCGGAGGCGGGCGCGCACGACGAGAACAUCCACCCCGACGAUGCGUGGAAGGAGAUUGGCGACAGGGAGACUGCCGACAAGGUCGAGGCGCUGGCUUUGACAAUCUACAAGGCCGCCGCUGCGUAUGCGGAGGAGCGUGGCAUUAUUAUUGCCGACACCAAGUUCGAGUUUGCCAAGGAUGCCGAGGGCAACAUUUAUCUCGUGGACGAGGUGUUGACGCCCGACAGUUCGCGGUUCUGGAGAAAGGAUGGGUAUGAGGUAGGAAAGGAGCCGGACAGCUUCGAUAAGCAGUUUGUGAGGAAUUGGUUGAUCAAGGAGGGGCUCAGGGCCAAAGAGGGCGUGACGCUUCCAGAAGAUAUUUGUGUUGCUACGGGAGAGAAGUACAAGGAGGCGUUUUACCUGUUGACGGGCACCAAGUUUGAAGAUGCGGCUAACAACUAG